AUCCCCUCCACUACACCAAUAGCCGCAUGUGGCUAGUUACGGUGGACACCUCACGGUGGAUCAAUUUUCAAUUUUAAUAUAUUUUCGAUUCAAAGUAGAAUUUUUUAUAAUUCACAAUGGGUAAAAAGGCAAAAAUUGGAAAACAAAGGAAGGAUAAAUUCUAUCAGUUGGCUAAAGAAACUGGUUAUAGGUCACGUGCUGCUUUCAAAUUGAUCCAGUUGAACCGAAAGUUUGAAUUUCUACAAAAGUCACGAGUAUGCGUAGACUUAUGUGCAGCUCCAGGAGGAUGGAUGCAAGUUGCCCGGCAGAAUAUGCCGGUGUCUUCCAUAGUUAUAGGCGUAGAUUUGUUUCCCAUAAAACAGAUUCCAGGAUGCAUUGGUUUAGUGGAAGAUAUCACGACAGACAAAUGUCGGGUUUCAAUAUCCCGUGAAUUAAAGACAUGGAAAGCUGAUGUCGUAUUGCAUGAUGGAGCACCAAAUGUUGGUAAAAACUGGCUCCACGAUGCAUACCAACAAAUAGUUUUAACUUUGUCAGCCUUAAAACUAGCGACACAUUUUCUAAGAGCCGGAGGAUGGUUCGUUACAAAAGUUUUCAGAUCAAAAGAUUAUCAUGCAUUAAUUUGGGUCUUGAAGCAACUGUUUAAAAAGGUACACGCAACUAAACCUCAAGCUUCACGUAGCGAAUCCGCUGAAAUAUUUGUGGUUUGCCAGUAUUAUAUUGCGCCUGACAAACUGGACCCUAAAUUUUUAGAUCCCAAAUAUGUGUUUUCCGAAUUAGACAUAGAACCAGCAAAUAAAUUGAACAUUUAUAAUCCAGAAAAAACCAAACGGAAAGUUGAGGGAUACCCAGAAAAUGAUUAUACUUUGUACCAUAGAUUAUCUGUUAAAGAUUUUAUAGCUCACGAAAACGCGAUAGAAGCAUUACAAGAUGCUUCUGAAAUUGUUUUUGAUGACGAAAUAAUUGCGAAUCAUGAGGCAACGACUAAUGAAAUUAAAGAAUGUUGUAAAGACAUUAAAGUGUUAGGGAAAAAAGAUUUGAGACGCUUGUUGAAUUGGUGGAAGACACUGAAAGAAGCUUUAAAAGAAAAAGAACCAAUAGUAGAAGAUGUAGCCAAUGAACCUGUAGAAGUGCAACCUUUGACCCAAGAAGAACUGGAGGACUUAGAAGAUGCAGAAAUUACGAAAAGGAUUGAAGAGCUCAGAGCAGAAGAAGCUAGAGAGAUGAAACGAAAGAAGAAAAAAGUUAAUAAGGAAAGACAGAAGUUAAAUGAACGCCUAAAUUUAAAAAUGGUUCAUAAAGGAGACGAAGGUCCUGUACUGGAAGGAGAUGAUAUGUUUAGUUUGAAAGAAAUUAAGACAUACCAGCAGUUACAGGAGAUUACGAAUCAACAACCAGAUUUGGUAGCUGAGAGUGAUGUAGAAUCAGAUGAUGGAAAAAGGAAACCGAAAACAGUUAGGUACAACAAAGAUGAAGGGCAUUUGGAUAGUAAGGGGUUGUAUUAUAAAACAGGAGAUAGCGAGUCGGAAAAUUCGAGUGACGCAUCCGACGACGACUCGGAAAGUGAGAAAUCGGGUUUAGGUUUGGAUGACUCAGAUGAUGAAGGUAGAAAAGAAGUUCGAAGUAGAAAGAAGAAAAAUGAAGAUGAUUCAGAAAAUCCACUGUUAACUGAUUUAGAUAACAGAGAUAAAAAGACUAAAAGAAUUCACAAAACUGAACUGUGGUUUGAGAAAGAUAUUUUUAAAAAUCUAGACGACGAAAAAGAUGAAGAUUUUGAAUUAGAUAAAAUGGUCGAAGAGUAUAAAAGGAAAGGUGGUCGCAUAAUAGGGGAGGCUUCAACAGAUAGUGGAAAAGAAAAGAAAAGAAAUAAGGGGGAUGCGAAGAUGAAUGAAGCUGAGAACGAUGAUGAUGUUCAUAGUUCUGAAGACACUGGCUCUGGUUCCGACUACGACAUAGAUGAAAUGAUGGUUUCAAAUAAAAAAGAUAAGAAAAAUAGAGUAGGUGGCAAAAAUGGUUUUGAAAUAGUUUCAAAAACAAACGAUAUAAAACCGAAAAAGAGAAAACGUUUGUCAGAAGAGGAUCUGGCAUUAGGGUCGUUAUUAAUCCAGAGUAAGAAAACUCGAAGAGAUUUGAUAGAUUCAGCGUGGAACAGGUAUGCGUUUAACGAUGAAAAUUUGCCCGACUGGUUUGUAAAGGAUGAAAAUGAGCACAUGAAGAAAGAAGCACCUGUACCUAAAGAGUUGGUUGACGAAUACAAGAAGCGGGUGGAAGAUGUGAACGUUAGACCAAUUAAGAAAGUACUAGAAGCAAAGGCAAGGAAGAAACGUCGUGCAAUACGUAAAUUGGAGAAGGCGAAGAAAAAGGUGGAAGCAAUUAUGGACAACGAAGAUAUGAACGACAGAGAGAAAUCGAAACAAGUGCAAGCAUUGUACAAGAAAGCUCAGAAACAACCUAAGAAAGAAGUCACUUACGUAGUUGCGAAGAAACAUAUGGCACAGAAGAAAGCAGCAAGGCCCGCGAGUGUGAAAGGACGUUACAAGAUGGUCGAUCCCAGAAUGAAAAAAGAUUUACGCGCAGCGAAAGCAAAAGAGAAAACGAAAGGACGAGGAAAGAAAAGCCAUGGCGGCAAACCGCCUCGAGGGAAGAAAAACCAUGGCGGCAAACCGCCUCGAGGAAACCCUAAAGCUCACAAGGGAAAGAAAUUAAAGAAGUAAUUUCUUUCAAAUAGGAGAAUUAUGAAAUCAUUUUAUAAUUUUUAUCAUCUUGUGCUAUUUUAAAAUCUGCUAAAAAGCAGCGAGACAACAGAGUACAACACAGUGCGCGUUGCUUUUCGACGCACUGAGAUUCUGUACAUAUAGUAUCAUUUUGUACAUAGAGAUUUAUGUACUAGUAUACAAUGUCCGUAAUUAAAGUAUUUUGUACAUAUAUGUUUGUGUACUGAGAUUCA